AAUAGGUCACUUAGAUUGAUAUGUCUUAAGAUGGAACUUAUUUUGCUGAGAUUUUAAGCAUUAUCUCAUUGUAGCUCUGUUCUGUAUCUGAUUUGUAUCUCAUUUUAGUCAGCUUUUCAGUUAGCUUUUCAGUUCGAUAUUUAUUGUCUGCAUGUUGUGGAGAGCAUUUGCAGCCAGUGCUCAAGCGAAUUCAAAAAACACGUUUUUGGGUGUUUCGUUACUUGGAAAUGGAAGAAGUGACUACAUGACAUGGAAGCGCCAUGUGUCCCGUUUGGACCCGCAAUAUCACUGUGAUUUCGCCAUCAUCGGAGGAGGUGCAAUAGGAUCCAGCAUUGCUUAUCACAUCAAACAGCACAAGAAAAGCGAAGAUGCUGACGUCAUAGUAUUCGACAGAGAUCUCAACUACUCCAGGGCAUCCACAGUACUAAGUGUGGGAUCGAUCAGACAGCAGUUCUCAAUUCCAGAGAACAUCCAGCUGUCCAGAGAUAGUUUCAGUUUUCUAGAAAAUGCAAAGAGUAAUCUAUCAGUAUUUAACGAAGACCCAGUAGAUAUUAGUUUUAAAAAGGCUGGAUACUUGUUUUUAGCCACUAAAGGUAAAAUGGAUCUUUUGCAUUCCAAUCACGCGACGCAGAUACAAAAUGGAGCCAAGCUCAAACUGCUGUCGUCUGAUUCGCUUAAGACUGUUUACCCAUGGAUGAAUACAGAUGAUAUUGUUGGCGGAUCUCUGGGUUUGGAAAACGAAGGUUGGUUUGACCCCUGGAGUUUUCUUAGUGCGUUGAAAAGGAAGAACAUAAGUAUGGGUGUACGGUAUGUGCAAGCCAGUAUCGUCAGCUUUCCUGGAAUUUUUGACCGAGGAGUUAAACUAAAUGUAACUUCUGCUGCAAUUGGAGAUCCUGCAUAUCCCUCUGCAUCGCCGCUGUCAAUGGUCUACGCGGGAGAGUAUGUUAAUGCCGCAGGUGCAUGGUCUGGACAGUUGGGUAGGCUUCUGGGAAUUGGCGGAAGAUCUGAGGAUGGAAGUCAUUAUGACUUUCUGGACGAGACUUGGAGGAGUGAUGAAAGACUCCAGUUCCCAAUUCCAGUCGUGCCGAAGAAACGCUAUGUGUUUGUGUUUCAUUGUCCAAACGGACCUGCUGAAAAGUGUCCAAUGGUGGUGGAUCCAAGUGGCGUAUACUUCAGAAGUGAAGGACCUGCCGGAUACUACAUCUGUGGAAAGUGUCCAUCGCCUGACAAGGAACCCGACACGAAAAAUUUGGAGGUUGACUACAAUUUUUUUGACGAGGAGAUCUGGCCUGUUUUGGCUAACAGAGUGCCAGCUUUUGAAAGCUUGAAAGUGACACAUGCAUGGGCUGGUUUUUAUGAUUACAAUAUUGUGGAUCAGAAUGGUAUCAUUGGCUAUCAUCCAGCAUUUGAUAAUUUUCUCAUCGCUGCUGGAUUUACUGGCCAUGGGAUUCAAAUGUCGCCUGCGGUUGGUCGGGCAGCAGCUGAGCUUCUACUGAAUAAUAAAUUUGAAACACUUGAUAUGCGAAGGUUUUCAUUUGAGAGAUUUGAUAAAAAUGAGCUGAUCUUUGAGAAAAAUGUUGUCUGAAUUUACUUAACCUGAUUUAAAAAUUGAUAAUAUAUCUGAAAAAUCACACAAAAUAAACCUCUUAAUUUG